AUGGAGCCGUUGCAAGCAGAUAGCGUGCCGGAGGCGACGGCCCCGGACGACUGUGGAGCGCAGGUGGCCGCGGAGCCCUACUGGUCCCGUAACGGAGCCCUGAAUUCGACUUAUCGAUAUGUUACUGAUUGGCGGAGUGGAGUGUUUGCGCGGCUGAUACGGGCGACAGGGACCAAUCGAUUCCCAGCUCGUGAAAUCUUAUCAACGAUUAUGGUGGACAUCGCACCUCGUGUCAGAUCCCCGAUAUCGUAUCUAAAGAUAUCAUGA